AUGUCUACUUUUUCCAACACCGGAUGCAGCUUUCGCCCAUUCCAACUAUCAAGCCACUGCCUCACCUGCAGUGUCAUAACCUCGAACGCAGAAUACACAACGAUGUCAGGUACAUCGGACUUCCCAGCUUCUGCGUACCCCGAGAUCGAUGCAAACACACUGGCUGGACCAACUGCAUUCGUCACCACACCAAAGAAAGUGUCUAGAUUCCAAGCAUUUUUCGAGAAGCCUCGCGCUGUCACAGAGCCAAUCAUCCUCAAUACCUUCACAAUCUCAAGAGACUUCCACCCAGGACAAUCUCGGGCCGAGGAAGAAAGCGACUAUCCCGAGGGGUUCGCCCUAGAUGCUGAACCAAUUACCCUAAGAACCUUCUACAUCUCAAAGGACUUCCACCCCGGACAGUCCGAAGAGAAAGAUGUUCCUUACACGGAGCGAUUCGCACUAGAUACUGAAGACGAAAAGGCGCCAAAGAGAGAGGCAGUCAAACCCCAACGCAAGCUUCGAGCCAGGAGGAACGCCGUCGCUCCUCUGACUGUAGCUUCCAAGCGGGCUACUCGAAACAAGAAGACAGAGGCCAAGGCCCAAGAAGAGUCAGAGGAGUCAGAACUUGAAGGAGACACGAUCGUCGUGGACUGCCAAUCCGACUCUGAAGACGAAUCACCAGAUCCCAUCCAACAAGCACGAAAGCGACUGCAAGCCGCACAGGACCAACUAGUCCUUGCACUUCUCGCAGAAAAGAGCAAGAAAGGAAUACCCGCACGUGCUCAGCAAGCAAGUGCAAGAGCCACGAAGGACAUCGACUCAGAGGAAGAGAGUCCUCGCGGCACAAAGCGCUCAAGACCAACGGCUGAAUCUUCUGACGAAGAGCCUCUGGCUAAGAAGACCCGCAGCUCCAAGAGAGCCAAGGCGAGCGACAGCUCUAACGAAGAACCUCCUCGCAGGUCUUCUCGAUCUCAGACUAAAAAGACAAAGACCAACACCGUAAGACGAUCUCUCCGAAUUCGCUCCUCGGUAGGUGGUCGAGAAUAG